AUGGCAUUCUGUGAUUACAUCUCUCGGCUGUACGACGCGGCGACCACCACGUUGGAUGUCGGCGUACAGUCGAGUGCACCUGUUAAACUGGGCCGAGGUGUGCGUCAGGGAGAUCCGUUGUCGCCCAUCCUGUUCAACAUGGCGAUGGACGUAAUUCUUGCCGCUCUACCGAAAGAGGUAGGCUAUAGGCUGGAAAUGGAGCGAGUCUCGGCUCUGGCCUAUGCCGAUGACCUAGUCCUGCUUGCAGGCUCAAAGGUAGGGAUGCAGGAAUCCAUUGACCGUGUGUUCGAGGUUGCGUCGUCGAUGGGUCUCUUGGUCAACAACAACAAGAGCUCCGUCUUGUCGAUGGUGCCCGACGGAAAGCGCAAGAAGCACCACUAUCUGACCGGGAAAACGUUCCGGAUAGGUCGGAAGUGGCUAAGUCAAACUUCCUGCGUGGAACGUUGGCGCUAUCUGGGCAUCGACUUCCAGGCGUCUGGAUGCGUGAUGUUAGAGCAUGAUAUCAAAGUUGCCUUAACCAACAUCUCUAAGGCACCCCUCAAGCCGCAGCAGCGACUCGAAAUCGUGAGGGGACACCUUAUUCCGAGAUUUUUGCAUGGCCUUGUGUUGGGCAAUAUCUCGGAUGAUAGGUUAAACAUGCUCGACGUCCAGAUCCGGGGUGCGGUUAGGAAUUGGCUGAGGCUCCCGAAGGAUGUGCCUGUCGGGUACUUCCACGCCGACAUCAAGGACGGCGGCCUAGCGAUCCCAUCGCUUCGGGCGACCGUCCCGGAUCUCAUAUUGAAGAGGUUCGGGCGGCUCGACUCGUCGAGUUGGCCAGUAGCACAGGCCGCCGCCAGAUCCGCAAGGAUCCGAAAGAAGUUGAGCUGGGCCGACAAGCAAAUCCGAAAGUUCACCAGAGAGGAUCCGGUCACGGGCCUUAGGUCCGUCUCACGGUUUUGGCGAGAUAGACUGUGGAGCUCAGUGGACGGGUUCGAGUUACGCGAAUCCGCCCGCACUCCCGCGUCUACGAAGUGGAUUCGGGAGGAGUCUUCACAUGUCUCGGGUCGGGACUUCGUGCAGUUCGUCCACACGCAUAUAAACGCCAUCCCGUCAAGGGUUAGAACAUCUAGAGGGCGAAGGAUUGGUCGUGAGGCGGAGUUGAACUGCCGCGCCGGGUGCGUGGUUAGGGAGACGACGGCUCACACCAUCCAACAAUGUUGGCGGACGCACGGGGGCCGGAUCUUGCGCCAUGACCGUGUAGUGAGGCUAGUAGCAGAAGCGAUGGCCUCAGACCAAUGGUCGGUGGUGACUGAGCCUCAUGUCAAGACCUCGAAAGGCCUUCGGAAGCCCGACAUAGUAGCCGCUAAAGGAGGCGUCGGAGUGAUCGUGGACGUCCAGGUAGUCUCGGGCCAGCGGCCCCUCGAUGAUGCUCACCGUGAGAAACGUAGUAAAUACGGGACUCACGAGGAGCUAGUUGAGAAGGUUGCUGGUAUACUAGGACUACCCAGUAAGGAUUGCGUCCACGCGACCUCAUGUACGAUCUCCUGGCGAGGUGUUUGGAGUCACUCCUCCUAUAAGGAGUUGAAGAGACUCCUAGGGCUGAAGGAGAGUCUGUUGAGAGCUAUACCAGUGGUGGUAUUGCGCGGCUCGCACAUGAACUGGACACGUUUCAGUCAGAUGACCGGGACUGUGGUGGGAACCCCAGUGUGA